AUGCAGGGCAUGGCAGUGGGCGAGCUGCCCAUGCAGCCUCCGGCGACGUACGAUGGCGCAGACUUGCGCGUCAAGAUCACGGAACUGAAGGGCGACCGAUGCCACUUUAUCCUGGAUGGUGUGCACCUUGGCCUCGCCAACUCGCUCCGACGAUCCAUGAUCUCCCGCAUCGACACCCUCGCAAUCGACCAAGUGCAAAUCCACGAGAACUCGAGCGUGUUGCCGGACGAGAUGCUGGCGCACCGGCUGGGGAUGGUUCCGCUCAAUUCGGAGGGGAUGGAGAAGCAGAUCUUGAACUACAACAAGGAAUGCGACUGCGACCAGUACUGCCCGAAGUGCUCCGUUGUCCUCACCCUCUCGGCCAAAUGCGUCAGCUCGCAAACGAUGGAGGUGACGACGAAGGACCUAGUGCUCGAAGGCGGGGUUAGCGAUGUGGGAAAGCCGGCGACAAAUCCUGAUCCGAAACUCCAGGACGGCAUCUUGCUCGCCAAGCUCGCGAAGGGACAGGAGAUCAACCUGAGAUGCAUCGCCGUCAAGGGCCGCGCACUCGAACACGCGAAAUGGGCGCCCGUCGCGGCUGUCGGCUUCGAGUACGACCCGUACAACAAGCUCAAGCACACGGAUUUGUGGUUCGAGGUUGGGACGGACCCGAAGGACGAGUGGCCUGUGUCGGAAAACGGGAAGUAUGAGAAGAAGCCGGAGGACACCGAUCCCUUCCCUUACAAUGAGAAGCCGUCGCGGUUCUAUUACGACGUCGAAGCGGUUGGCCAGCUCAAGCCCGAAGAGAUCGUCACCAAGGGCCUCGACGCGCUCAUUCUGCAGAUGGGUCAGCUGCGACAAGGCUUGCUCGACCUGACGAACCAAGGCGGACCGGGCCCGAUGCACCCCGGCGACGGCGGCCAAGACGGCAUGAUGAUGGACGCCGGUCCCGUCUUUGGCGUCGGUGAUGGCGGGUACGCAGGUGCGCCAGCGACGGCUGGAGCGUACGGCGGCGCACCGGGAUAUGGCGGAGGAGGAGGAUACGGAGGAGCGACGCCUGGAGGGAUGGGAGGACAGGGGUACGCGCCUCCGCCUGUACCGGCGUACGGAGCGAGUCCUGCGCAUUUUGCGAACCAGGGUGGAGCGGGAGGGUACGGUCAGCCUGGAGGUGGACGGACGCCUGGGUACGGAGGUGCGAAUGGUGCGCAAGGAGGCGGAGGCGGCGGUGGGUGGGGAGACGACCCGUGGUAG